GGGAGGGGACGGGAGGGGAGGGGAGGGGAGCAAGGGUCAAUCGCCGAGAAGGAUUUGAUUUGGCGCUGAUCCUGUUCUGUUCUGUUGUGUCGUGUUUUGUUGUUAGCGUGGUGGAUGCGUCGCUCGCAAGGCCGACGAGGACGCACAUCGGCGAGACAGCUGCCUCGCGCUGCGCUCUUGUACUCUCUCUCUCUCCCUCUCUUGCAGGAAGAGGCGAAGGAAGAAGGAGCCAGCGCCGCGAACGAGCUCAGGAGGAGGUGGAGGAGCAGGAGCAGGAGCAGGAGGUGUCGACGGCAAGGGAGCCGAAAUUCGGCCGCGCCGAUUGUGCAGCGCCGCCCCGCGCCUCGACUUGUCGCCGCUGCUGCUGCUGAUGCUGAUGCUGCUGCUGUUGGUAUAAACAGGCACGGCUGCUCGCCGCGCUCUCGAGAGGGAGCAGCGGGCGCUCGCUCGCUCCGAGGAGGAGUCCAGUCUCGUCUCGUCUCGUGCGGAGGCAGGGAGGGAGGGAGGGAGGGAGAUUCAGAGCGAGUGCGAAGCGGAGGAGAAAUUCGGUCGGAGAGGUGGCGCAGAGCUCGGUUCGCAGUGCAGGGGCCGGGAUCGGACAGGGAGCGAGGGGGCAAGGGGGCAAGGGAGCCGAGCAGGAGGAGGACAGAUUGUCUCGGGCUGGGUGAGAUUGCGGACGAUGGAGCGAGACAGUAUGGACAGUCCGCGGCGCGGAGGCCGCAGUGAGCAGAAGCUGAGAGCGAUAAUUGUCGGCGGCAGUAUAGCAGGGCUGUCUUGCGCUCAUGCCUUGCUGAAAUCUGGCGUGUGCCGAGUAAUGGUGUUGGAGAAAGCUCGCGCCUUGACGGGGAGUAGUCACGGAGCUGGUCUAGGUGUAGAUGCGGCUGCGUGUGAGGCGUUAGAGGAUUGGGGGCUGCGCGAUAAGCUCUUUCUCAAAUCCAAACCGCUCGACAGGGAAGAGAAUCGAGCUAUAGACACCGAGAGGAAGGUAUUUAUAACGCUGGCAAGCGAUGCGGAAUAUCGACAUCGGGCUGCACAAUGGAGUGAGUUGCACCGCAUUUUGCGUGAUUCCCUCCCACCCGGCAUUGUGCACUUUGACCACGAGGCCAUUUCGUUUGAGGAAAACGCGGACGGCCGAGGCAUCAAAGUGACAGUGGCGGAAGGUGGCAAUACCCAAUCGGUUAAGGAGGUUGAGGGUGAUUUUAUAGUAGCGGCCGAUGGGUCUAUGUCGCGCACGAGGCAGUACUAUGUGCCAGGUGAUAAAAGACGAUAUGCUGGGUAUUGUGCGUGGAGAGGAGUCUUUGACUACACGAAUGAGCCAGAAAUCCACGAGUCAAUACGGAGUAUUUACCCGGACAUAGGGCACUGCUUGUACUUCGAUAUAUCUAGAGGCACCCAUGCAGUGCUGUAUGAAUUGCCUGGGAAGAGAUUAAACUGGCUUUGGUACGUCAACCAACCAGAGCCGGUUUUAAAGGGAAACUCUGUUACUGUCCACCCUGAUGAGGAUGUGAUUGCUAGAAUGCAUGAAGCCGCAGAUCGCUCUUGGGUGCCAGCCCUUGCUCAACUGAUCAAAGCGACCCCUCAACCUUUUAUCAAUGCUAUAUUCGAUCGAAACCCAUUGAAGCAACUAGUAUUCAAAAGAGUGGUUCUGGUCGGAGAAGCUGCGCACCCUACAACUCCUCAUGGACUAAGAAGUACCAACAUGUCUAUACUGGAUGCGCAAUCCCUGGGCAAGUCCCUCGCGAAAUGGGGCCGUGAUAAUUUGGAUUCUGCCCUUGGCGAGUAUGAGAUGCGGAGACUGAAUGCCACUUCGCAGCAGCUUCUCUUUUCAAGACACUUGGGUUCUUUGAAACAGGGUCUGUUGUUUGAGCCAAAGGGUUCCUUCCCUUGGCAUACAGCUGACGAAGGCAUGGUUGAGGGACUUCUACAACGGAAUAUGAACUUUUUCCAGUGGAGGUGUUAGAUAUUGUUGAUAACUUAAAACGAUGUUAAUACACGAAUCUUCUUUUCCAUACGAGUCUAGACAUAUCUAGAAUGUACAUUAAGAUAGAUUUUGGCCUCUUGAUUAUUAGUCAGUCCUCUACGCGAGGUUUUGAUUCUUCAUCAAAUUUCCACUACCUGUACGGAGUCCUCCAAUUUUUUAGCUCGUUCGAGUUGUACUGUUUUGACCUAUGUAACCUAUUCCCACAUGAAUUGGAGUGUAAAGAACGUUAGUUUUGAAGCAUAUAACCAUACCUUGACUCUUGACGUCUGGAACUCAACAUAAGCGAGAGACGCUGGUCUUAUUUGCCUGUACGGCAGAAAAGUGUGACCACCAUAUGGCAGCUUUGGUUGUAACCUUGGGGAGUAACCAGCCUCGAGGUUUGAAUACUGCUCCGAGAUAUUAUUUGUCUGCUCUACGUCCUUGUCAUCAUCGGCGAUUCUUAUUUGAGGUAAAGGAUCAUCUGGGCAGGUACUCUUGAAAAGCACAACGUUUUGUUCUUACUCCACCAACAAUCUGACAUGUCAAGCUCAAGAAGCAUCAUCAGAAAGCUUCUGUAAUGGCUGCGGCAGCCUAUUUCUACUUGAACCGAAACUUUCAGGUGUAAAGAGGAAUUCUUCACCCUUUUUUAUUUUCUCAUAACCAGAUUGAGGACAUACAGAGUAUGGAACAUAUGACGAAGUUGAGGAUCACUGCGUCUGCAAAGCUGGAUAUUUUAUCUACGACCUCAACAACAGUCGGGAAAAAAUGUAGGAACUAUCUACACCCAUGUAUCAUUUACAGUUCAGUUGCCAACCGAUAUGAGCACAUGAUUAUGUGGCACUUUGUCUGAAGAAGACUCGUCGGCAAUAUAAAUGGACGGAGGUUCUAUUCUCAACUCUUUGGCCCAUAAUGCACGAACUGUAUCUGUGACCUUAUUCUGUUGUGGAGAAUUUUCCUCGAACAUGUAUACUUUUCACUGUUUUGAGGCAUAAACGGCCAAGCCUCUUGUCCCGAAGUUUGUCAUGUUCGGCAAGUACGCAGUUUCGUACCUGCCCGGCUCACUAGAUAACAAAGGACAUCUGCACGAUAACACAGUUUCUCAAAUUAUACUACGUCUU